AUGGACCAUCCGCGGGCUCUCCGGCCAGCACCCGCAGCCACGUCGCCAGCCGGCUCACAGGGCCCGACUGCACCAGCCCGAUCGGCCUCAGCCGUCGCCGAGCGCCGAGCACAGCAGAACCGCCAGGCGCAGAAGGUCUUCCGCGAGCGCCAGAAGAAGCAUAUCCAGGAACUCACCCGCCAGGCAAGCCAGCUCGACUCUAUCGAAUCGACUCUCCGCGAGACCGAGGAUGGCGUCUUGCAGACCCAUGCCCGCAUUGAGCUCGGAUUCAAGAGCUGCCAGCAAUGGACCCAGGUCGAUCGCCCACGCCUUGCGUCUCAGUGCCGGGGGCCAGAAGCCCUUGGUCGUAUCGCCGAUCUUGUCCGAGCAUCGGGCGAGAUGGAGGCUGAGUACAGGCGCUUGGUCCGGCUGAUCUCCUUUCUCGAACGAUCCUGCGCCAAAGCACUCACCGAAUCGCAUAACCCUCCAAACGAGCCGGACCCGAGCACGCCUUUGGCCAGUGGCCUCGGCCUCAGCCCCAGCCCCAGUCCUCUCAACACCGCAAUGUCUCGAAUCGACAAUCUGGUGGCUCGGCUCCUGGAGCAGCCUCUGCAUCCGCUGAUGCAGUUGCAGCUGCAGGGUGAGGGAGAGACGAUGAUGCAGCUCUCUGCGGCCAUUCAUCAAGAGGUCAUCCGCAUGAAGGAGCGCGAAAACGAGCGAGAAAUGGAAGAGCAAAGGCUGCAAGGGACUCUGUUGUGCGCAAGUGCCGUGCCCGAUAUGAGCGCCGAAUUGGCAAGGUUCGAUGCAGACGGGCCCUGUUGA